AUGUCUGCUUAUAUCCAAAACAAACUUGCCAAGGGUGAAAAGUUACAAUUCUUCAUCACUGGGGCAACAGGCUAUAUCGGCCUGGUGCUCACGGAAUUUGCCAUCGCACAAGGGUUCUCUGUCCGAGGCCUGUCCCGCAGUGAGGCAGGCGACGAGAAGCUCAAAUCCCUAGGUGCGACCCCUGUUCGGGGCGAUAUAACAACACACGAAGUCCUUGCGCGCGAGAGUGCUGCCGCGGAUGCCAUCAUCCAUCUAGCUUGGAACCACGACUGGACCGGCGACUACAACAAGAUCGUCGACACUGACAUCGCAGCAGUCGAAGCAAUCUGCGCUCAGAUUAAAGACACCGGUAAACCUCUGGUAAUUGCAUCUGGUUGUGCGGGAGCUCAGCCAAACGCGGAUGGCUCAGAUAGCGACGAGAACGCGCCACUACGACCGAACUUCCCUGUAGCCAGACGACUAGAGAGCGAGAUCAAUGCGAUCAAGAAACAGGGAGUUCACGGUUGCUCCAUCCGCCUCUCGCCAUAUGUUUAUGGUCGCGGAGGGAAGGGAUUCCUCGUCAUGUUGAUGAGUCAGGCUGUCAAGCUGAACGAGUCCCUUUACAUCAAUGACGGUAGUUUCCAUACUUCUGUCUUGCACGUCGAGGAUGCUGCACGCCUUUUCAUCGCUGCCGUGUUGAAGAGUAAGGCCGGAGAGGUGUAUAACGGUGUUGGGCAGACGGAUGUCUCAUUGAAAGACAUGGCUGAAGCCAUUGGGAAGGUUAUUGGUGUUCCUGUACGCUCCGCCUCGUUAGAAGAGGCCAUUGAGAAAUGGAGUCCACCCAUCCUUCCAAGAUUCAAUUACCUUGAUGUUCGAGGUUCGAAUAAAAAGGCUAAAGAACUCUUGGGUUGGAAGCCCGAGGGGGUUGAUUUCAUUACUGAUAUCGUAUCAGGCUCUUAUGUUCCUGUAGCAGCUUAUUUGAAGACGCAGUAG